AUGGUGUCGAGUGAAGAAACAUUGGCCUUAUUCCGGCAGACAAUCCGUGGGCAAACAGCCACACUCCCAGACCUAUACGCUUUGUUUCCCGAAUGGAAGGCUGAAAUUCAUCCUGACUAUGAGAGAGCCCGCGAUGAAGUUCUCAAUCCGUGGAUCGAACGAUGGGUGCCAAAUCGAGCUACGAGUCGCAAAUUUCGAAAGGCAGACUUUGGAGUCUUCGCUGCUAUCUUCUGUGUGCGUUCUUCGUUUGAGGUCCUAUGUACUGUGUCUAAAGCCUUCGCAUGGUAUUUUAUCUGGGAUGAUAUUUUCGACUUACGGUACUUCCACGCCGUACUCGGGGAGGAAGAAGACAUCCCCGAUCUGUCAUACUUCUCAGAGGAGCUUCAAUUUGCCUUGCUAUGCUGGAAUGAAGUCGCCGAUCACAUUCGACACGUGUGCUCAAAAGCCACCCUAAAGGUCCUUCUGGACCAGAAGCUAUACUAUGUUGAAAGUGUCGAUACUGUGGACACGGUCUACUCGGAAAACCACGUUCCAUCACUGAAGCAAUAUCUGAGCCGGCGUGAACGCACUGCCGGGGUGUAUCCGGUUAUAGCCACAAUCCCCUUCAUUUAUGAUAUCGACGUCUCACAACAACAGCUAGAUGGCGAGUCGAUGCAGUUGUUGUGGAAACGUACGUCGUAUUUGGCGGACGGGCAAAUCGAGAAUCUCAUUCCAGUAUUAAUGCUCAACGAAGGCGUCGACUGCAACACCGCCAUGAAGUUAGCUAUUAUGCUGGUCGAUGAGGCAGCACAUGGUUUCCAUGAGACUGAGAAGCAUCUUCGAGCACAACAUGACUCUGCACCGCAUGAGGAGAUUACUGAAGCUUUCCUGGAGGGCUGUAAGAAUGUGGUGAUGGGGCUGACAUAUUGGAGUUAUACGGGGCAACGGUAUUUCCACCACUCGGAAAUCGAAGCUGGAAACACGAUUAGAUUCAGCUUAUGA